UUCACUGCAGAAGGCAGGGCAGGUUAAAGUAGGAAGAAGCUAGAGGCCAGUCUUUCUCAAAGCAAGGACACCGCUUUCCAGGCUUAGCUGAAAUGAUUAAAGUACUUCUUAUUUCUACAGUUUUGCUCCUUUCUCAACACCGAGUAAGCUCUUCACUACCACAAUACCUCUAGCACGUACUUCACUACUGCACAGUCAGACUACAACAUAUCCACGUACGCAAGGGGAGAUGGAAAAAGGCCAUUUGGGUCAUCUAAGAUGUCUCUCCUGCCACCUCCAUCAUGGACACGGACUGCACGAAGGCAAUUACCAGGGGUGAAGGACUACGAAGUGGUAUACCCACAAAAACUACACCGAUUACAUAAAAGAGAUGUAGCAGGAAACCAAAAUCCCAACCACGGGGCAAAAUAUGACGACAGGAUGCAAUACGAAAUUAAAGUCAACGGCGAGAAAGUGAUACUUCAUCUAGAAAAAAAUAAGGAUCUAUUUGCCAAGGACUACUCUGAAACUCAUUACUCAGAUGAGGGUCGAGAAGUGACAACAAGCCCUCAGAUCAAGGACCACUGUUUUUACGACGGUCACAUCCAAAACGAUAAUGACUCAGAAGCAAGCAUCAGCGCCUGCAGUGGUUUGAAAGGAUAUUUCAAGAGCCAGGGUCAAAGAUACCUUAUCCAACCCCUGAAGCUCACAGACAGCGAGGAACAUGCAGUCUUUAAAUAUGAAAGCCUGGAAGAUGCUGAAGGCCCAAAAACUUGCGGCGUAACCAACACUACCUGGGAAUCAGAAGAUCCUAUCAAAAAGUCCUCUAGAUCAAGCACCAGUCUGGAAAAACAGGAAUACCUGAAAGCGAAGAAGUAUGUCGAAGUCUACAUAGUUGUAGACAAUGCUGCGUAUAGGAAGUACAACCGCAACAUGACGAGUAUAAGAACACGGGUAUUUGAAAUAAUCAAUUACAUCAACAUGGUUUAUAAAGCCAUAAACAUUUACGUGGCUUUGAUUGGCCUAGAAAUCUGGUCGGCUGGGGAUCCGUUCACUGUGGAUUCUUCAGCAGGCACCACCUUGGACAAAUUCUCAGCAUGGCGUCAAUCGGACCUGCUGAAACGGAAGAAUAAUGACAACGCUCAGUUACUCACAGCGAUUGAUUUUGAUGGGCCAACGGUCGGAUUGGCCUUUGUGGGAACCAUGUGCAGUUCUACUCAUUCCUCAGGCAUUGUUCAGGACCAUAACAGCAAUCCAAUUUCAAUUGGAGCCACCAUGGCACACGAGAUGGGGCAUAAUUUUGGCAUGAAUCACGACACUAGCUUCUGCAAAUGCAAUUCUGGAUCUUGUAUCAUGGCAGCACAACUCAGCUAUAACAUCCCCAAGGAUUUUACUGCAUGCAGCCUCCAGGAUUUUCAGAAAUACCUAUUGAACCGAACACCAAUGUGCAUCACCAAUAUGCCUGCACUGAAAGACAUAGUAGCAACCCCGGUUUGUGGGAACAACUUUGUAGAGAAAGGAGAAGAGUGUGACUGUGGAACUCCAGAGGAAUGCACAAAUAUCUGCUGUGAAGCUGCGACAUGCAAGCUGAAGCCGAAUGCUAAAUGUGGAUUUGGAGAGUGCUGUGAAAACUGCCAAAUUAAAAAAGCAGGGACUCUUUGCCGACCGAUAAAGCACGACUGUGACCUGCCCGAGCUGUGUACUGGCCAGUCCCACCAGUGCCCAGUGGAUCGAUUCAGAGUCAAUGGAUACCCUUGCAGAGAUGGCCAGGGUUACUGUUACAUGGGGAAAUGCCCCACCCUGCAGAGCCAAUGCAUUGCUCUUUGGGGAUCAGCUGCUACAGUAGCUGUAGACUCUUGUUAUAAGACUAACAGGAAUGGAGUUUAUUAUGGACACUGCAAAAAGGCAAAUGGCACAUUCAUCCCCUGUGCAAAAAAAGAUAUACAGUGUGGGAAGUUAUUCUGUACUGGUGGUUCACAAGUGCCUACAGCUGGAAACCUACUAUCUUUCGACUCAUGCAAAAGCAGUUUUCCUAAUGACAAUAAUGAAGACACAGGCAUGGUCGCUGCUGGAACUAAAUGUGGUGAUGGAAUGGUGUGCAGCAAGAGACAAUGUGUUGAUAUCGAGAGAGCCUACAAGUCAACCAACUGUUCCGCCAAGUGCAAUGGACAUGCUGUGUGUGACCAUGAACUGCAAUGCCAGUGUGAAGAAGGAUGGGCACCGCCCAGCUGCGAUAGUGCCACAACAGUUCAGUAUUUCGCCAUCAUUGCCGGUGUGCUAGCUGCCCUUGCCAUCAUUGCGAUAGUCGCUGCUUUAAUCAUCCGCUACCGAAAUGCUAAGAAGAAGCAAGCUCAGAGUGGCCAGAGCAAAGGUGUAUCUGGAGAGACAAACCAAGGCUUCUCAGGGAAAGUACAGAACAGAAGACCGAACGCUGCACCCGGGGUACCUGUCCAGGAGGUCCACAACACAAGAUUCCUCCUUCCCACUCCUCCACACCAGGCAAACAAGCCACAAGCCUACGUUAAUAUCCCAGAGGAGAGAUCCAAUGGCAGGCCAGCCAUCCACCAAAAUACAAAAAUGCCUAUCGUAAAGCCAACCAUUCCACCACCUCCAGUUCCUACUGCCAAACCAGCCUUUACUCCUGUCAUGGGCAAUUCUGUAGCACAGACAAAGUCCACUCCUUCACCAGUCCCAAAGGGCAAACCUGCACCCCCACCACAGGCUUUAAAACCACCAGUCAAACCCAGAGUAUGAAGCUACUGAAGAAGAAUUGAUCAAGAUUCCUGACAUUCUGAGGGACAGUUUCCAUCUCCGUUCACCUUGUGGUUCCUGCCUUUGCCAAAGAAAUUAUGAUCGUCCCACUAACUUUCUUUUUUAAAUGGACUGGCAAUUUCUUUGAAAGAAAAUGUGUUUUUCAAAUAAUGUUGUAGUCCUUGGAUAAUGACAUCAGCCUGCCAUUCCUGGCUUUCCAGAGGAAAAGCCAGGGGAAUAGCAAACUGAACUGAGGGGGACCAUAUGUGAGUUAUUAAACCAGCUCAGUAUAUGUUUUAGGUUGGAAUUAAAAUAAACAUCCUAACUGUCAGGGUGGUUAAGCACUGGAAUAAACUGCCUAGGGAGGUUGUGGAAUUUCCAUCAUCGGAGAUUUUUAAGAACAAGUUAGACAAACACAUCAGGGAUGGUCUAGAUAAUACUUAGUCCUGCCAUGAGUGCAGGAGACUGGAUUAGAUGACCUCUCGAGGUCUCUUCCAGUCCUAUGAUUCUAGAGUCUAAGAUUUGGGAAAGUCUGGUGCGCUGGAUUCUGUCUGUAAAUUGCAAACUACAUGUAAAGUUGAAGGACCAUCAAAGUAGCUGGAUCAAUGGCCCAACAUUGCCUUCAGUGGUGAAUACCUGACGCUUCAAAAGGAUGUGCAAAGCUGUCAAGGGUAGAACAAAAUUCCUUCCUGACCCUUGGAGGAAGUCCCCUUUUAACAUUGAAGCAUGAGGCUGGAUUACCCUCCUGUUCGUCAGUUUAUUAGCUCUUGCACUGACUGGCAACGCUUGAGAUCUGAGAAGUAUUUUGGUUCUGAAAAGAUCCUUUGGGAUUAUAGUACCCCUUUAUUCUCUACCACUGUAAAGGCCCCACAGUGAGCUAUUUUGAGCUGGGAAGAUUGGAGACAUGGUCAGAGACUGUAUUACAGUCAACCAGCUAGCUGCUUGGAUCACAAUGCUCCUGAAAAGCAUGCUCUGCCAGCCUGACAUGGAACUUCAGAUGCCAUAAUUGAACUCCAGGGACAAUGGAAAAAAUCCCUUAAUAAUUGGUUUUAUUCACCACUUAGUUCCAGAAUUAUCUCCUCUUCCCCCUUCCCACCCUGCCACAUUCCAGCAGAGAAACACUGGUAUUUUCUUAAUUGUAGGAUUACUCUUUGCACUCUGCUGUAUUAUUGUAAGUUUGCUAAUGAGUACUAGGCUGGGCACAUUGAUUUAUUAUUGUAAGACUGCUCCUGGGUCUGGGGCUUUGCACACUAGUAUGUUACUAGAGGGGUGUUCAUUAGUUCUGGGCUGCUGGCACUGCUAUUAUUGAUACUUGGGGCAUUGAUAUGAUUGAUGUUACUAGCAUCACUAUAUUUAGGUUAAAGCACAUGGGAGUAUGUGUCAAGGAAAAAAGAUGUUCCAAAAAAAUAAGAUGAACCUUGUAUCCCAAGCACCCAACAUUUCAUAGAGGUUCCAGUUUGAACCAGGUUUGGUUCUAGGUCAGAUUUCAAAAGCAGAAUGGUCCUUUCAUUUUCAAAACUGGUUAGGAUGUGGCUCAGGAAGGCAGAUUUACACCACCUGGGCACAAAAGUGUCGCGAAGGGAGAUCUUCUCCCGGCUGCAGAACCACCGAAGUGAAGUCAUAGCCUUGAAUUAGCCUCCACAUGAAAUCUGGAAUUGCAUCGUAACUCUAAUCCAUGCCAGGUCCUGAGCAUUCCCUGUUUGGCCUGCUCUUUAAAAAGAGCCAUAUCCUUAGCUGGUGUAAAUCUAAGCUUCGUAGAGAUUAGCGCAGUUGUGCCAAUUUGCACCAGCUGAAAUUCUGGCUUACAAUAUCUUAUUUUGAUCGUCAACAGCUAAGUUUAAAAAAAAAAAAAAAAAGGUAGAUAGAAGUAUUGACCUGCCCACUGUUGUCUCUCUGAAACAAAAACAAGAAUGUGAAAAAUAUCCAUUCCUUCUCUUAUGCUGUGAUUUCCUUUGGGCUGUCAAUCAAGCACUGUAACAGAAAGAACCAUGCUAUGAAAUGAUAAUAUUCUGUUACUUGCCUUGUAAGCUGUCAGUUUUGGGUGUACAUUUUUUUUAGAUUCAACUUCAUUGGGAGAACAUUUGUCUCCCCCACUUUGGAAUCACUUCUUCUCUAUUUGUAUUCAAAGCUGUAUUUAAUAUAAGCAAGUUUAAACAUGGUGUAUGGAGAUUUUAAAAUGUUAUUUUUAUUACCUAUAAAUAAUGUAUUUACAAAUAUUUCUGUAUUAAAAUGUUCUAAGAAAAGCA